GUGUGUUGUGCUAGUUGCAGCCAAAUUAGUCUUGAGCUGCUAGCCUUAAGCAGAAAUGAGGAGCGGCCUACAGAGUCUGGAGGCUUUGGAGCUCUUCAGGCCAGACUUCAUCAGCCGAUCUCAAGGUCGAGUGAUGAGGUUGGAGCAGAAGGCUCGGAAAAGGAGAUCGCUGCAGGACUCCAAUCCAGACCUGAUGCAGGGCCUCGGGGAGGAUCGAGGCAGGCAAAAGAGGAACUGCACCACACCGAAUCCACUCAGUGAUAACCUUUUCAAGCCUAGAGAGAGGUCUAUAUCAGGCAGAGAGAUGCAGCUGAGGUCCAGACGGAUUUACAACAAGCUGCCAGAGGUGACAAAGAAAAAAGAGGAAGAGAAAAAGAGGACUGUAUCACAAACCAACAGAUUGCGAGCAGACCUCUUUAAAAAGAGACUUCUGGACCAGAUCCUGCAAAGAUAAAUGAGACAGACCGAAAGGCGAAAUGGGUUUAAUUCACUGGCCGUUCUAGCUCUUCACUUUUUCUUCGUGUAUAUUAAAUAUGACUUUGUAUUUAAUUCAGUCAAUCUUCUAUGCAAAUCAUUCCCAUGCCUGGGCAUAAAUCAAUUUUGUUAAGGCUCAAUUUCUGUUAAAUAGCAUGCCCAUUGCAUGUACAAAGGAAUAAAGAUACACAUUUUUUAUUUUGCUCACAAUGUUAACAUGAUGAUGCAGUUAUCAGGGUGACAGAAACACACAUUUAGUAGUUUAUUUGCUUAUAAUUUAAUUUGACAAGACAAAGACAUUAUAUAUUUCUGUCUAUGCCACAGUGGCAGAUUAAAUAAGCCUUUUUGUUGACCAAAGUUAUACUGUAAAAGUAUUCUAUUAGUAAAGCAAUUGAUGUUCAGGGCAUAUUCUAAUAAGUUAAUUGUUGUUGUGUGCAGACAUUAACAAAGCCAUACCUUCUUACAUCACAGACACACACACAACAAUUGAGAAAGGUUUGACAGUUAAAAUAUUAAAGCAAGGAAAGUGUAAUCUGUCUUCUAAAAUUACUAAAAACAAUAGUAAUCAUAUAUUGUUGCUCAU